GCUCGCCCUCUUUAGUCGCUCAAACGCUCCUUUCCUUUCCAGUUGCAGCGCACUCAUCAGCGCAAUUCCUGUCCCUUCGUCCUACACCCCUAAGAAGCUUUCAGAAGCGAGUCUCUUCUGGCUUGCCAUGUCGACCGAUACUUCUUCGCCGCAUAAUCUUCCAGACGACAUCCUUCGCAUAAUCUUCGCUCGCGUAGGCUCACACGGCGACUCCUUCUCCCACGCAGCUACCUGCAAGCGAUGGCUCGACCUCGCUCGUCCCGCUCAAACCGCCCUCUGCGUUCACGAAACCCGCGAGGCGUCCUCCCGACAGGUCGCGAAAGCUGUCGCGCAGUUUCGUAACCUUUCGCGCAUCCAUUUCGCCAACUGCAGCGUCGAAAGCGUGGACGACGAGCUCCUCGACCGAAUCGGCGAGUCCUGCGGCGCGACGCUCGCAUCUUUUCGCUUCGGAACGGUGCGCCCUUUUGCGGCUCGGAGUCGCGGCGGCGCCAACGGUCUCCAAAACCGUCGUCAUGCGGACGAUGCGGAAGAUGCGGAGGAAGCGGUGGAAGCGGACGGGGCGGACGACAGUCAGGCGCAAGAAGCAGCGAGCGCGUUCGCGGAAUCCACUCACAACACAGAGAUCACCGAAGCCGGGCUGGAUAGACUUUUCCGCGCCUGCCCGCGACUGAAAGAGCUCGGCCUGCACUGCGCGCCGAAUUUCUCCCUCCGACCCGCUUCGUUUCUCGAGCUCGCGCGGAUCGGGGGCCCCCUCGAAGCCGACUCGGUCUACAAGUGGAGCAUCCCGAACGACGCCAGCGCGCCGCCGAGCCUCCAGUUUCCGAAGCUGCAGGCUCCGAGCUUGACCGCGCUGCCAGAUAGCCUUGGCGAGCUGACGAACCUGCGGGAUCUUCAGAUUGGCUGCAGCGCGUUGCGAUCGCUGCCCGAAACACUCGGGCGGUUGUCACAUCUGACGCGGCUGCACGUGACUGACUGCGGGCUUGCUCAUCUGCCCGAUUCCAUAUGCAGCAUGCCCGCGCUCUCCUCCCUCUCCAUCUCGUACUGCAUGCGAAUCAGCCGUCUGCCCGCGAAUAUCGGGCAGCUCUCGUCGCUAAAUUCCCUGCAGCUGCACAGCGUUUUCAGCCUGGAGUCCCUGCCCGAAUCUCUCGGGCAGCUGCCAAAUCUUAGUGCUCUGCAUCUGCAUGGAUGCAAGCGACUAACUGAGCUCCCUUCCUCUGUCUAUCAGCUGACGCGGCUCCAGCUGCUGAGUAUUAAGGACUGCGCGCGACUCGUCUCCCUCCCUGAUGAUAUAGGCUUCCUUAGCCGGCUGGAGUCGCUACAGAUUAACGCGUGUGAGUCGCUGAUUGGCUUCCCUCCCUCGUUUGUCCACCUCAUCAGUCUCACCGCACUGGAGAUUAGCUUCUGCAAAAGUUUCGCCUCCAUUCCUUCAGAUUUCGGGCAGCUUCCGAGCCUCAAAACCCUCAAGUUCUCCUCCAUUUCCUGCCUAGCCAACCUGCCCGAAUCUAUGGGGCAGCUUUCUUCCCUGAAGCACUUGGAGCUGUCCCAUUGGCCGCUUCUUCGCACUCUGCCGCCCGCGUUGUUUGCCCUGACGUCACUCGAGCGUCUAGCAGUCACAAGCUGUCGUCAUCUCUCAUCUCUUCCUGACGUCAUCAAACGGAUGACGUCACUGAAGCAGUUGAAUCUGUCUGGCUCUGCCGCCCUUUCUGCGCUACCCGCGUCCCUCUGCCAGCUUAGCAGCCUGGAGCAGAUCCUCUUGACUGAUUGCUUCCGCUUGGUACGGCUGCCCGAGAAUCUAGGGCAGCUGAUGAAUCUUCGGCUGCUGGACGUGGAAGGAUGUGACAGCCUGCAGGAUUUGCCGGACUCUCUUUCUUCUGCUGAAAAUCUGCAGAUCAGAUCAAGACCAGUGUUACGGAAGGUGAUUGCAACAAGGGUUGAUCCUGGGUCAAGUGGCGAUAGUUGCAGUGAAAAAAGUACUUUGGGCCCGGAUCAGAGGCGGGAGGAGCUGGACACGAGGCAGCAGACACAGGAGACCCAACAGAUGACAGGUGGAGAUCUGCCAUUGGAGCAAGGGGAAGUGGGGGUAGAGACAGAAGGUGAGAAGCAAGGAGAGGAGGCGUGGAACAGUGAGGAUGAGUGGGAUGGAGACUGGGAGUGGUUGCAGGAGGAGAGGGCUCAGAGGGAGUGGCAUCUGCGGUCGCAGCGGUGGUGUGUCAUGGGUGUGUCACCGCUGAAAGUGGCAAGGAAAAUGUUCUUCGUUCAGCCGAGCAAGCUGUGCAAAGCCCCUUCCAUGUGCAUAGGCCAGACAAGGCUUUCCGGAUGAGCAUGAUAAAGCUAACACAAUGGCACCAUCGAGGUUUAUCAGGCAAUUGAAAUAACAGCACAAUAAUUGGUUGCCAGUUGA